CCCUCCCUCCCUCUUCGGCUCUCCGUGCCGGACUCCGCGCUCUUCUCGCUGGCCGCCGCGGGAGUCGCCGGCCGCCACCGCCCAGCCUGCACCUGCCGUCCCCCCAGUGCCUGGGCACCUGUUGGAGGCAGACACAGACACAGACACAGCCCAGGGUGCUUGCUGCAUGAGGGCCCGCAGAGGCGACCGCAUGACCAUCAACAUCCAGGAGCACAUGGCCAUCAACGUGUGCCCCGGGCCCAUCCGGCCCAUCAGGCAGAUCUCAGACUACUUCCCCCGCCUGGGACCAGGACCCGAAGGCGGGGGCAGGGAUUUCAGGGAGGCCCCUGCCCGCCUUGCGCCUCUGGCUCUGGCCCCGCCUGCAGCCCUUCUUGGGGCCACCACGCCCGAGGACGGAGCCGAGGUGGACAGCUACGACUCGGAUGAUACCACCGCGCUGGGCAUGCUGGAGUUUGACCUUCUCUAUGACCAGGCCUCCUGCACCCUCCACUGUAGCAUCCUUAGAGCCAAGGGCCUCAAGCCCAUGGAUUUCAAUGGUCUGGCCGACCCCUAUGUCAAGCUGCACCUGCUGCCUGGGGCCUGCAAGGCCAAUAAGCUCAAAACAAAGACUCAGAGGAACACGCUGAAUCCUGUGUGGAACGAGGAUCUGACGUACAGUGGGAUCACAGACCAGGACAUCACCCACAAGGUGCUCAGGAUCUCCGUCUGUGACGAGGACAAGCUGAGCCACAACGAAUUCAUAGGGGAGAUCCGAGUGCCCCUCCGCCGCCUCAAGCCUUCGCAGAAGAAACAUUUUAACAUCUGCCUUGAGCGCCAGGUCCCGCUGGCUUCCCCAUCCUCCAUGUCGGCGGCUCUGAGGGGUAUCUCCUGCUACCUGAAGGAGCUGGAGCAGGCCGAGCAGGGUCCCGGGCUGCUGGAAGAGCGCGGCCGCAUCCUGCUGAGUCUCAGCUACAGCUCUCGGCGCCGGGGCCUGCUGGUGGGCAUCGUGCGCUGCGCCCACCUGGCCGCCAUGGACGUCAACGGCUACUCGGACCCCUACGUCAAGACGUACCUGAGGCCUGACGUGGAUAAGAAAUCCAAGCACAAAACGUGUGUGAAGAAGAAGACUCUCAAUCCAGAAUUUAAUGAGGACUUCUUCUACGAGAUGGAGCUCUCCGCUCUGGCCACCAAGACCCUGGAAGUCACAGUCUGGGACUAUGACAUCGGAAAGUCCAACGACUUCAUCGGCGGCGUGUCCCUGGGGCCCGGGGCCCGGGGCGAGGCCCGGAAGCACUGGAGUGACUGUUUGCAGCAGCCCGAUGCAGCCCUGGAGCGCUGGCACACCCUGACCAGCGAGCUGCCCCCUGCCGCUGGGGCCCUGCCCUCCGCCUCCGCCUGAGCGCAUGGCCCCCCGCCCGGCACAGGCCCCGUGGGGCCGGAACCCCACCUUCGCACGAGUGUGUUGCACGUUUACACGGGGUGGACGCCCCACCCCCCACUACCUGUCUUAUUUUCGUGAGAGUCUGCGUGACCGUGGGUCUGUCUUUCUCGUGAGGGACCGUGGCGGUCUGUGUUCACAUAUGCAAACUUCCUCCUGCCUGACUCGCUCCCAUGCAAAUAUGCAAACACCAUUCCCGUGUGCGCCCGAAGGGGGCUGUUGCGCCUCCCUCCUGCCUCUCCAGGCUGCCCCGACCCCCCCAGGGAGGAGGUCGGAUUCGGGGGGGUUCGGAGGAGGAGACAGUCUCC